GAAAAGUUAGGGGAAAAGACAGUUGCACACAUACAUCGGCACUCGGAAGCUGCAAACUUGGUCACUGCCUCUUCCCCAGCCCCAGGUGGGACCAUGAGGACUUGGCAGGACAUUUUUGCAGAGAAGAUUGCAGAUGUGCACUUGAAAGAACCAUGGAUGCUUCAGGAAGAUGAUACCCUGCAGGUGCAUGUCCUCGAGCCUGGGUGGAAGGAAUUUGUGCAGCGCCGUGCUCUUGGGAGGUUUCGGUGCUCCCAGUGCUUUCAGGAGUGGUCUUCAGCCAAAGUGCACAUCCUGUUCCACAUGUGCCGGGGCCUGGGCCAGGGCACGGUACGGAUGCGAACCUUUCGCCAGGCGUGCAGGCGGUGCCCCGACCCCCGGCUGGAGGAGGCCGAAUUCAACCAGGAGACCGUGGAGAGGCUCCUGCACAACCUGGUGCUGAAGAUCCUCCAGUAUUUCUACCACCUGCCAGUCCAGCCCUCUGACCUCCUGGAAGUCGUGGUGGAUGCGCUGGUGGCGGGGCCACACAACAGCACUCGCUGCGAGGGCUGCCAGCUCGGCAUUUGCAGCAAGUCGAGGCCGGCCCCAGCGUCGGAUGCCUGGAAGCCCUUGAUGGCCAAGGCCCAUCACACCCCGAAACACCAGGGCAGGAGGCCCCAUGCAACCCCAACCGACCACCCCUCGCCCUCCAAUUGCAACUUCCCCUGGAAACGCUGCUGCUGCAUCGGCAUCCUUUUGCUCUGUGUUUUGGCAGUGCUCCUCUUCAUCCUGCUUUAUUUCACCAAGAAGUAGUGGGAGCUAUGGCUCGCAAAGAGGAACAGGAGGGAUGGCCUGGAGGGCUGAUGGAGUGCUUCUAAAGUUGGGCGCCCAAGGUCAGCCCUCCCUUGUGGUGUGGCGAGGCUUCCCCGGAUCCGAGGGGACAGGGACACACUGGGGUGCUUCAGCUGGGCAACUCGUCCCACAGCCUCGGGGAGCCUGGGGGGUCUGAUGGUUUCUUAUGGGACAUAUUCAGCGUGAGGAAGACCCUCAGCUGCCCCAUGU